CUCAUUACUAUACAAAGUGGCGUCAUCAUUUGUGCUGCUGGCAUAGGAAUACUAGUGAUGGAUCAUGGUCUCUCCUAGUGUUUUUGGAAUUAGUUUGUCAUUUUCUAGCUAGCUAGGUAUCUCCAAAUUAUAUGAUGUCGUGUGAUAUCUCCGUAGCUAAUGCUACUAUGAUGUUCCGGUUGAUGGUGUGAAUGAUGUCGCGUCAGAGGAGAGAUCUCUAGGGGAGGUCUUCUACAUGAAUCUCGCCGUAGCUGCAGCUAGCUAACACUUCAUUGACCAAGAACAAUGUGGCCUGCUGUUUCGGGAAAACGAUUGGAACUGCGGGACUAAACCAAACACAGACAUGGCUUCCGAGCUCCAGGUGUUCUCCUCACCCUCAAUCUCCUCCAGCGCCUACACUCGCUCCAAGAAACUGAAGGUAGAGAACAGUGUGUGGGAUGUGAGCAGCCAAGUGGGAGACAACAACAGCAGUUACUACCAGCAGCAGGGCCCCAGCCAGGGCAAUGGAAACACAUCCUCCCCCUCUGUAUCAAGUUUCAACCCAGCAUACAACUCAUCCAACUCCAACCAGGGGUAUCCAUCAAUGGGGGCAGGCUCCCGGGAGCAGACGGUCGUACGGGCGGCAGACAGCACCGGCAGCGUCCGAGGACCACCUUCCUCUUCAUCUUCCUCCUCUUCCGCCAGUUGCCUUGUCAAAGAUGCUGCAUCAUCAUCCUCCCAGCCAGGCGACAUAUACCAAAAUCAGUAUGGUAACAGCCUGAAGAGGAAGAGUGAGGAGGUGGACAGCAGUGACAGUGUUCAGAUCCUUGAGGAGCUCUCGGCCCCUGUGCUCUCCAACCGCACAGCUGCUGGCGGGGGGACCACCACAGCCCAGUCCAUAGCACAUUCCACCUCCACCACUAAGAGUAGUAACUCCCACAGUGAGGGGGACUACCAGCUAGUGCAGCAUGAGAUCCUGUGCUCUGUGUCCAACAGUUAUGAGGUGCUGGAGUUCCUAGGGAGAGGUACAUUUGGUCAGGUGGCUAAAUGCUGGAAGCGUGGCACUAAUGAGAUUGUGGCCAUCAAGAUCUUGAAGAAUCAUCCCUCAUAUGUCCGGCAAGGUCAAAUUGAGGUGAGUAUCCUGAGCAGACUGAGCACAGAGAAUGCUGACGAGUUCAACUUUGUGCGUUCCUACGAGUGUUUCCAACACAAGAACCACACCUGCCUGGUGUUUGAGAUGCUGGAGCAGAACCUCUAUGACUUCCUGAAGCACAGCAAGUUCAGCCCGCUGCUACUCAAGUCCAUCCGGCCUGUGCUGCAGCAGGUGGCCACAGCCCUGAUGAAGCUGAAGAGCCUAGGUCUGAUCCAUGCUGACCUGAAGCCAGAGAACAUCAUGCUUGUAGAUCCUCUCAGACAGCCCUACAGGGUCAAGGUCAUCGACUUUGGCUCUGCCAGCCAUGUCUCCAAGGCCGUGUGUUCCACCUACCUGCAGUCCCGCUACUACCGGGCGCCAGAGAUCAUCCUGGGUCUUCCCUUCUGUGAAGCGAUUGACAUGUGGUCUCUGGGCUGUGUCAUUGCUGAACUGUUCUUGGGUUGGCCUCUUUAUCCCGGUGCCUCAGAGUAUGGUCAGAUCCGGUACAUUUCCCAGACCCAGGGUCUGCCUGCUGAGUACCUCCUGAGUGCAGGCACUAAGACCAGCCGCUUUUUCAACAGAGGCCCUGACUCCAGUUACCCCCUCUGGAGGCUCAAGACACCUUCAGAGCAUGAGGCAGAGCUGGGGAUAAAGUCAAAGGAGGCGAGGAAAUACAUUUUCAACUGUUUGGAUGACAUGAUGCAGGUGAGGGUGAACAUGACUAGUCUGGUGGGGACUGACGUCCUGGCAGAGAAGGCUGACCGGAGAGAGUUUAUUGAUCUGCUAAAGAAAAUGCUGACGCUGGACGCAGACAAACGCAUCACCCCCAUGAAGACCCUCAACCACCCCUUCGUCACCAUGACACACCUGCUGCACUUUCCUCACAGCUCACAUGUGAAGUCAUGCUUCCAGAACAUGGACAUAUGCAAGCGCAGGGUCAGCGCUUUCGAGAAUGGAAAGAAUCUGUUUUCUAGCAACAACAAUCCCAGUGCAGCUACAAACCUCACUGUUACAUUUAGCAGCCAGCUCAACCAGCACAACCAGAUGGCGUCCACCGGUGGCCAGUCACUGUCAGUGAGCAGCAACGUCCCUCUGCUGAACUACCAGCCGGGCCUGUAUCAGCAGGCUACGAUCAACAUCCCCGGUCUCCCCCAGCAGAGUGUCCCUCUGCAGACCAGACCCACCCAGCUAUGUGGCCAGGCUGAGCCUUUCCAGCAGACUCUCAUCGUCUGCCCCCCCACCAUCCAGGGCCUCCAGACAUCCGGCAAACACUCUGGUUUCCCAGUGAGGAUGGACAACGCUGUUCCCAUGGGGCCCCAGAACCAGUCCACUCAGCCUCUACAUCUCCAGCCUGGAAUGCUCACACAGGCCUCCUGCAAUCCUUUGAUGGUAGCCACUCUGCACACCCCUGUGGCAGGAAUGGCCCCUCUGUAUUCGCUGCCCCUGGGCUGUGGGGCUGGAAGGCCCGGCCUGCUGGAUCAGAGCUCCACCAUGCUGCAGGGCUGGCCAGCAGGGACCCAGCAGAUCCUUAUCCCCUCCACGUGGCAGCAGAUGCCAGGCAUGGCCCUUCACAACCCCAGCCAGAGCCAGACACUGGUCCCUGACUCUCCCAUGGGAGCCCCUCUCUCUGGUGGAGACGGCUCAGGACAACAAGCAUCACACCGGAGGGGUCGUCAUGGCAGUCAGUACGAUGGCAUCAUGCAGCAGGACCUUGCACUGGGGCGUCAAGCACCCACGGCCCCCUCCCAAGCAAGACCCCAGCAGGGGAAAGGGUGUAAGGCUCGACAUGCCGACAGUAGGGCCAGGCCUGUGUUGUCGCUGGAGCAAGCUGCCUCUGUGGUCGACAACACCCCUGCCUUCAAUGGUGAUCCAAUCGUCAUCUCCGAUACUCCCAGCCCUGCUGCCAGCAUUAUCUCCAUCCACAGCGACACAGAGGACGAAGAUGACAGGAAGUUCCCUGCUGCCGGCUCUGGUGUUAACCAGCGAGCCAAUGUGAUCAGCUGUGUGACGGUGCAUGACUCGCAUGACUCUGACUCGUCGAUCAGCAGUCCCCUGAGCCCCAAGCGCCUUGCCACCAACUCCUCCUCGUCCCAGUCCUCCUCCAAGUCCCUUGCCAUCAUCCUGCCCUCAGUGAAGACUCAGUCUGGGGAGAGCGGGACCCACAAAUCAGAUCAACACGUUAAUGUCUCUGGUAAGUCCAAGAAGGUGACAGCUCAGCAGUCCAGCAGGGCUGGAGGGGCCUCCAGCUCUGAUCGCCAUCAAAGGGCCACAACUAGCAGAUCUCAACCCCUCAACCUGAGUCAGGUACAGCAGUCUGUGAUGUCAUCAUCACAAGACCGAACAGGAGGCAACAGCAGCUCCUUGCGUCGUCAGCCCACCUACCCUCCUCCAGUCUCCUCCCACUCCUACCGUUUGCAAGAGGCUUCCUCCAUCUUCACCUCUACCCCUAACCUGUACGCCUACCCUGCCUCUGCCGCCCUGGCCUCUGUCUCUCAGGCCAUGGACCAGCUCCACGCCGGGGGCUCUUCUAGACACGCCCGGCCCAGCGGGCCCUACUCCUCCCUGGGGCUCCUUCAUGCCCAGGGACAGUACCACCAGCAGCAGCAGCAGCAGCUGGCAGCCCAGCCUUACCCCGUCCCACGGUCCAGCGCAGCGGCCUACCAGCUCAGCCAGAGGAAGCUCAGUCAGUACCCCUACCUGUGAGGAAUAGAGGCUGCUAUUUCUGUGGAAAAAAACAGCUAUCUCGCCCAGCGGAAGACCAAAUGGAGACCAAGACUAUAAAGGCGCAGCACUGCACAAGUUUAGCACAGGCACUAUGAUACUUAAAUACCACAGAUAUUUUUAAAUGUGCAAUUUAGUAAGGCCUCGUUUAGAAUUAUUUUAACAGCUUUGUUCGCAAUGUCCUGAUUUCAAGUGGUAAAUAUUUUUCAUUCCUUGUUACUUAAAUGAAACGCGCUUAUGUGCAAAAAAGUCCUUUAAACAUUUGUCUUAUGUAAAGCCAGUAUUUUGCUAUCUUUGUUUUUAGAAUAUUACGCUUGUAAAAGCACUAACCCGUGUGUCCAUUGUCGUUAUCAUGACAUUUUAUUUCCAUGUACUGCAGCUAAUCAAAUUGUACUAGAAUUACAAGACGGACCUUUUUUUAAAUGUAUUUGUUUUUAUCAUUAUUUUGAAUGUCUACGUAUUGCAAAUAACGCUGAACAGAGUUUCUCUGUUUCAUAAGUGUGUUUUCUGUGUCUGUUGUAAAAGAAUACAGAUAAAACAAUGAG